AUGGCAGAUGCAUCGAGUGGCGUCCGAAAUGAGGCUACCACUGUCUCCCAGAUCAUGGAUGCAAAGGAGCGCAAGCGGAAUCAGAAUCGUAUUGCACAGAGAACAUAUCGUCGGAAUCAGAAGCAGCGACUACGCGUUCUGGAAGAGGCCAUGAAUCUGGGUAUGUUUGGAAAUGCAGAGCUUGACCGCGGCCGGAACGCAUCGUCUGACGAAGAUCCGUUUUGGUCGUCUCCUGUGAACGAUGGAGGGCAAGCACCUAUAUCAAUUGCUCCAGCUCUGGAUCUGCUACCGAGCCCUCCACAAAGCUCGGAGAAGGAGGAUGUAAUGAAUCCUUGA